AUGAUCUUCGAUUUGGAAGAUCGAGAACUGGCCGUGUUAGAGGAACGCUUAUACUCUUCUAUUCACCACUCGUAUGCAGAAGCGCCAAAGAUUCCGGACGCAACGCCAGUUCCUGCACAGCCUUUGCGCAUUGUUUCACGCACGUCGGUUAUUAACAAUGCCCAGGGCACGCUACCAGCUAACAUGAAUCGGUAUUGGGUCGGUUCUUCGACUUCCAGUGCCGGAGAACGCGGACCGUACCCUAACACCCCACCAACCGUUGCUGAUCCGAAACAAGCCGCACUGGAGAAAAAUACUCCGGAAAGCAACAAAGAGGGUGGAAGCAAUGAGGGGAGAAAAAUGUUUUUGACGCCGUAUCAAUCGUUGCUUGGAAAUAUGGAUGAUAAAGUAAGUGAAAACCAACCAUCGGUGUCAGAGGUGGGAGCCGGCCAAAAGAGCACUGUUCCAGAGCGAACAACGGUACCCAAAGUCGCACCGAAAGAACCAAGAUUGCAGCUGAAGAAGAAGAAACAAACCAAACAGAAAGCGCAGUAUGUAGAGAAAAAGCUGGAAAGCUUGUUGAAGCUCAUUAACAAGGACAGAAAGCAAAAUGCGAUGCAAACGUUCGAGUCAAAGAAGACGAAAGCGAACAAAAUACGGCAACGCAAGGCUCCACCAUUCGUUGUGGCUGAAAUAACGCUCAAUUCAUCCGACGAAGAUUCACAGUCGACGACAAAAAAGAAUGAAUCCGCCACGCAGUCGAUAUCGGAUGGUGAAGGCGAUGAGGUCAUCAUCAUACCAACGCCACCACCGCCACAAAUUUGUAUCGAUUGCAGUGACGAAGAAGAAACUCCAAGCAAUCGGUUUGCAUUGCCGAAAUCGAAGAAGAGAGGCAAAACCAUGGGACACACUGUCGUCGCGAACUCACCCCGCUGCGGCAGUCCAUCGAACAGUUCGAUUAUGUCGGAUGAUUUUAUCGGACAGCACGAUCGAUCAAGGUUGAAUGAUAGUUUUACCGGAAGCAUACCCAGUGAUGAUGAGCUGGCAUGUUCGAUGGAAGGAAAGUCCGGUAAAGCGAAAAAUGCAACUGAAGUACGACAGAGUAGAGUUCCAUCCAUCUCCUCGGAAGAUACGGUAUGUACCAGUGGCGAUACCACCGAUCACGAAAACCAUCCAGCAGAGACAAGCAAAGAAAUCCCCAUGUCCAAAUCCCAACUACAGGUUAAUAGUUUCGGCAAUGAAACGAAUGCAAAAAGUAGAAAAGAUAAUGCUGCUACCUCUAAAAAGACUCCUUCGAAACAGAAGUCUUCGAAAAUGGCUACAUCCACUCCCACUGCCGAGGCAGCAAUGUCUCCGAGCUCCGUUUCUAAGCGCAAUGCAAACAAUAAAGCUAAUUCCGGAGCGAUAUCGAACGACAGCACUACGAACUCAUCCAAAAUAACGGGAAAAUCAAAAGCUAAAUGCAAAUCUCCUGUGACUCUAGCGAUGGAAAUGGUUUACAAGCAGUUUGAAAGGCAACAGGAUCUUGAGUGUUCCGGUAAAAAAGCGAAAGCUAAAAAAGAUGCUGCACCGUUAAAAGUAACCAAAUCUAUUUCGAAAUCGAUUACGCAAGCCUCUGGUACUACAGCGGAUAAGUCGACCGAACGUAACAAAAAUGGCAUGGCUUCGAAGAACAGUGCUGGGACAAAAUCCAAAACUAAAAAGUUUCCCCGCAUAGAUGAGAAUGUGUCCUCGGAAAGCGAUAUCGAUAUUUGCUCUAAAAUCAACAGCAGCAAUACAUCGCAGGGGAGUCGAUCAGCGUCCACGUUCUUUGAGCAGAUCGGUGACGUAUCGUCCGAAAGUGAUUACGAUGAUAGCUUUUUGCAAUCGAAAAAAAUGGUGGAGAAGGAACCGAACAAACGAAUCGGUCGCAAACGAAAGCAGUACAAUUCGGAAACAUACUCCGAUGAAGACUUCGCCUGUGCGCUCACGGACAUUGUACGAGCUCUAUCAGACACGGACGAUGAGGACGACGAUACUGAAGCUGUUGGUAUUGUAAAUAAUGAAUCUAAUUCAAAGACAGCAACUGCAACUACGGUCGUAGAACAGCCAACAUCAUCUUCUAAGCAAGAUCGUAAUCCUAAGAAAAAAAGAAAAAUUAAACAAGUACCACCAGAACCAGAGAGCAUAGUAGGGGGCCCAAUGCGUCCGGUCAACAACAAACCAGACUUGCAGCAACAAAUGAAACAACCGGAAUUAGUUGCGAAGAAGAAGAAAAAAUCGAAAGAACCAAAAUCAAGCGCGAACGCAAAUGUGUCCAUUGAUAGUAGUUUCUCAGAGAUUCAAAUGGAUCUGGCGGAUAAAUCACACUGUCCUACUGAUGGCGUGCAACAAGCUCAGAUUAUGGAGAGAAAUGGAAGUUCAGCUACUGUAGCCUACGUACAACCACCACAGCCUACUCAGAACGUGUUAGAUUCUGAAGACGUACAAAUGUAUGAGGACAUCCAGUGUCAUGUCGUUUCUGGCAUACCCGGGGAGAGCUCCAAGAAAAUUCAACCCAGUGGACCAGACUGUGCGUGGAACGAGGAAAUGAAACAAUUCUACAACACUUCGUGGACAGGCGAAGAUUUUAACAUGGAUUUAGUUUUGAAUAGAAUGCCAUACGAUAGCAGACAUUGGUCCAUCCUGCAUAAAGAUCGUUAUCCCGAUCCACCCAAGAGGGAUAUCAUUUGCAGCAAGUGCGGUGAUCGUGGCCAUAUGCAAUUCAAGUGUCGCAAUCCACCGAAACAGCCGAUUUGCUUUAUGUGCGGUGAGAAAGGACACAAGGAACCACGCUGUCCCAAAACGAUCUGCCUAAACUGUGGUGCCAAGACGCGUAGCUUUGUGCGAGGAUGCAAAUCGUGUAAUCGGGAUGCUGACAUCGUCUGUUUCUCCUGCGGGAUGCGUGGUCAUGCCCAGCGCAGCUGUCCCGAUCUCUGGCGGCGAUAUCACAGUACGAUCGAAGAUAAUGUACCGCUGCGGGAGGAUUACCAGAAAAAUCACAACGCGCGGUGGUGCUCCAUCUGUGGUAAAGUUGGCCACCAGGCAAGCGCGUGCAAUGACGCCCGACGCAUCUUUAGCCAUCCGAUACCAAACAUGAGAGUGAGCUCGUACAUGCCGACCUACCGGCAGGAAUAUAAUCGAAGCGAUAAGCAUCGUUAUGACAAGCAAGAGAGAAGGUUUGCAAUGGAUCCGACUGCCCGGUACAAUCUAUUCAGCACCGACGCUAAUGAGUGUGAGUUCAAUUUGCCCGAACUAGCCCAAAACGAGAAUGGGUUCUAUUACGGCUUUCUCAAAGCAACUGGACUGUUGGAAAAGUAUGAACGGGGAGAUAGCAACGAUUUCGAGGAAACCGUCAUACAACAACCUCAAGCGCUUAUACAACCGGCAGCAGAAGCUCCAUCAUUGGAAUCCAUCCGUUCAGAACUUCCUGCUUCGCACAUGGACGAAACCAGCAUCCUGCCAGAUCCGCAAAGUGCGAAACAAACGGUUUGUGUCGACGAACUGUACAAACAAGAACGCAUCAGCAGCGCAGCAAGCGAAGCUCCCGAGGUGGAGGAAAACUCUAACUACAGUUUUUCAGAAUUCCAUACCGAUGAAAUGCAAAUGGAUGAUAGUCAGCAGAAUGUGGACAUAAUGCCUCCACCAUCGGACAACUUUGUCCCGACGGACUUCAGCAACGGUAAUCAGCUGAUGUUCUCUGACUUUAUUCCUCUCACAAUUGAUCCGGUAGAAACGCUUCCACCAGCACCAUUGCCAGAACCAGAAUCACCACAACACUACCACCUGGCACCACCAACUACAACAGUAGUGGCAGCAGCAGUAGCAGUACCAUCCGCAGAAGCACAAGUAACAGACCUGGUCAUAAAUAGUGCACCUGCUUCUAUAGUAAAGCCCCAAAAGGAAGACAAGAAAGUGGGCGAUGUAGCGAAAGUGCUGCUCACACCGGAUCGUGCUACGUUGCUGUUGUCUGCGCAAGGUAGCCAAUUUCUCAAGGAGUGCGGCAAGAAACACUGCUUACAGCUUAGCAUUAUGUUCGAAACGAUCGGCAAUGUGCUGCUCAUCACUGGUACGCUUGAGGCACAGAAUAAAUUUCACGAGGAGUUGGUACGCUACCUAACCGAAGCGGAGCUCCAGCUUAAAAACCAUAAAUACCACCAGGCGUUCGGACCGAAGGACUCGAACGAAAUGACACGCUAUAUUGCGUUGUAUUUUCGAGGUUUGGUACAGGACCAAAUUAGUAUGAGUGAACUCUUGCAGAAGUUCAACAAUGCACAGAGCCUGGAAAAUAAGGAAAAAUUCCGACGCCGGUUAAACGUACAACUCUUCGGUGUGUGUGGUUUGCGCGACGGUCGAAAGCAUCUGAACAGAUUGCGCUGCCAGCUGGGAAUAUGCAUGAAGGCGAACCCCCGGAGUGGGAUUUCGCAGGAACGGCGCAACAUGAUUGGUGAAUCCAUUCGGUACAUCUUUUCGGCAUACGAUCACGUGUACUAUGCUGAGUUUGUGAGAGAAUAUGAGGAGCUGAAACAGACAAACAAGCUGAAGAAAGUAACGUACAAUGAUUUGAGCAUUCCCCGGAAAAAAACGCGACAGGAGGAACAGAACCAGCAAAGGAAUAAGAAAGAAAUAAAAAAAGCUAAAUCAAGGGAAAAGGUAGCCGAACGACUUGCGCAGGGACCUUCGCCUGUUGAUAAACAGUAUGCUAAUUUCAUAAGAAGAGCCACAAGGCCGAUUAACCCGAAUCGUCUCGAACAGCUCGAUAACGCGACGCGCCACGUUCAAAGAACUCAGGGUAGAGAAAAUGUGGCUCAUACACAACAGCCGCACAAUUCCCGACAUGGUAACAAUCGCGCACAGCAGCGUGAGAAACCUUCACCGAGAAGUAAUCCUUAUCACUGGUACCAACGGCCGGUAACCAGAAACCACGGGCAAUCAAGCUACUCGUCCAAUUUAUCACAGCUGGCCAAUAGAGCUUUCACAUUGCGUAAGGAGGAGAUGUCUCUGCUGAAAACGAUACAGGAUUUGUUGCGGUGA